AUGGCGGGUGUUGUUCCAACCGAAAUGUCCGCCAAUAGUCCAAGACGUACCGCCCAAUUUGCACGCAAUGCUCAAGGUGGAGCAAAUACGGAGAUGAAGACCGGAAUCCUCCAACUUGUUUAUGCAAAUCCAUUCACCGGAAUGGAUCAUGAGGAUCCUUUCGCACAUCUCACCAAAUUUUAUGAGAUUGCGGAAAAAUUUUUAGAGCGAUAUUUUCCUCAAUCUCGAUUCAUGGAGGCCAAAACGGCAAUCGCGGUUUUCAAUCAAGGAAGCAACGAGUCCUUAAAUGAUGCGUGGGAAAGAUUCAAAUCCAUGCUUAGAAAAUGCAAGGGUCAUGGUUUUGAUGAUCUCACACAAAUCCACAUUUUCCGAAAUGGACUUCAACCGGUGCAUAAGACACUUUUGGAUGCUACCGCGGGUGGCUCUCUAAUGUCAAAAAGCGCGGAGGAUGCAAUAAUGAUAAUCGAUCGUAUGGCACUCAAUGAUCUCCAAACUCAACAUGAUAGGAGUCCAUCACAAAGGAAGCCGGGUGUUCUCGAAUUAAACACCAAUGAUGCUAUCCUUGCUCAAAACAAGAUUCUUUCUCAACAAGUUGAGUAA